UCCGUCUAGCACGCUCUAACGAAAUCAAAAAGUUGGCAAAUUCUGCGGUAUACCGUUACAAGCGCGUGCGCACCGCUGAAAUUACGUGCGCGUCACCGCGUGCGCCGUUCGCGACAUUCGGGAAAGGGAAAAUCAUGGCAGCGAAAAUUAACAACAUUGACCCACCAUCGUCCGCCAGUUCUGAUAGCGAUGUCGCCGAAAGUCACGUCGAUUUCUCGGAGGUGUUCCCUGACGGCGACGGGGACGAUGGUGAGCGUAGCGGAGAUUUCUACAACACUCCCGCAUCACCAAUCACAGUGCCCUAUUGCCCUCGGCCACCAUCAACAGGUUCGCAGAAAUCACCCAGGUCUCGCCGGCAGCGGACUACGUCGAUCAAUCAGUCGUCGAAGAAGACGUCCGCCGAAUCGAUGAUUCGCACGCCACAUCGCACGAUUUACACGGCCGGCAGGCCGCCGUGGUAUAACAUGGCCGGACAACAGGUCGAACCUUUUGUUAUCGGCAUUUGUGGAGGUAGCGCUUCGGGAAAGACAACAGUCGCAGCAAAAAUCAUUGAGGAUUUAGCCGUGCCAUGGGUGACUUUAUUGAGCAUGGAUUCGUUUUAUAAAGUGCUUAAUGAAAAGCAGCACGAAAUGUCGGCGCGUAACGAGUAUAACUUUGAUCAUCCGGACGCGUUUGACUUUGAGUUGCUAAUUGAAACGCUGGAGCGACUCAAAGAGGGCAAGAAAGUUGAGGUGCCGAUUUAUAACUUCGUCACGCAUUCAAGGGAGACCCGCACGAAAACCAUGUACGGCGCCAACGUUAUCAUCUUCGAAGGCAUUUUAACCUUCUACAAUCAGAAAGUAUGUGAAAUGCUGGAUAUGAAAAUCUUUGUGGAUACUGACGCAGACGUGCGUCUGGCGCGCCGCUUAAAGCGUGAUAUUUCUCAACGCGGACGGGAUCUUGAAGGUGUUUUGAAACAGUACACCGGAAUGGUGCAGCCAUCGUUUAAUCACUACAUCGCGCCACUGAUGGUGCAUGCCGAUAUUAUCGUCCCGCGCGGUGGCGAAAAUGAAGUCGCCAUUCAGCUGAUCGUGCAGCAUGUGCACGCACAACUUCAGUUGCGUGGGUUUAAAUUGCGGGAGGAAUUAGCACAGACGCAGACGUAUGCUGGACAAAAACGUCCGGAUACUGUGCGUUUGUUACCUUCGACGCCGCAAAUUCAAGGGCUACACACGUUCAUUAGGAACAAGGACACACCGCGUGAUGAGUUCAUUUUUUACAGCAAGCGAUUGAUACGGCUUGUGAUCGAAUAUACGCUCUCUUUGAUGAAUUUUGUUGAGAAGGUCGUGGAGACACCACAGGGUGUAUUUUACAAAGGUAAACGUAUGGGGACGAAUAAAAUAUGCGGUGUGUCAAUUUUGCGCGCUGGAGAAACCAUGGAACAAGCUUUUUCGGACGUUUGUAAGGACAUUAGGAUAGGAAAGAUUUUAAUUCAGACCAAUUUUCAUACAGGUGAACCUGAGCUAUUCUAUCUCAGAUUACCUAAAGAUAUCAAAGAUUACAAGGUGAUAUUAAUGGAUGCAACGGUGGCGACAGGAGCGGCGGCCAUGAUGGCAAUCCGCGUGCUUUUAGAUCAUGACGUGUCUGAAAGCAACAUUCUCAUCGUGUCGCUGUUGAUGGCCGAAUCGGGCGUGCAGUCAAUUGCCUACGCUUUCCCAAAAGUGCAGAUGGUUACCAGCGCUAUCGAUCCAGAGAUCAACGAAAAAUUCUACGUGCUGCCUGGUAUGGGCAACUUUGGGGAUCGUUACUUUGGUACAGAGCCGUCGGAGGAACUGUGAGGAAAGCAGAAGAGACAAGCCUACCAUUAGCGUUAUUUAAAUAUUUAAAAAUUGAAAACGAAUUUCAAAUAUCCAGAAUGUCCGGGCGGCGGGUUGUGAUAGCGACGAUUUUCCUUAAUUGCUUCGGUUUCUAGUCUUAACUUACAUACUUAACACACACUACUUAAUUAGAACAAUUGUUUUAACUUGCUAACACCCAUUGUGUUUUGUAGUAUUAUAACUUAACGUUAAGUUGCCGAGCGAGCGUAUUAGUCACGCGGAAACCAAAUAAUUCGACGAAUAUGACUAAAACUUGCAAUCGUUUAUUUUCGUAAGUUACCAAUAUUGAUACAAUUUACAAAAUUACCCGAACUAUCUGAUUCAAUGAUUAUAAUCCAAAAUUGUUUUGUACGUUUUAUAAUGUUAAACAUAUUAUUACUGGUUGUGCUUUGAGAAAUCAAAAAUUGAAAUGAA